UGCGUACGGCUACGUACGCCUACCUACCUAGAGGUGGGUCUAGGUUCUUUCUAAACAUACACCGUGGCAUAUUUUAAAAAUCUGAAAAUCAUAAUGGUAAGAUUCAAAAAUGAAUAAUAAUGAUAUUACUUAAAAAUUUAAAAAUUACACUGGUAUAGAUAAAAAAAACGCUCGCAGGAUUAGAAAAUUGCCGGAGAGGCGGCAGCAUAAACGAGAGUAGGCAAAGGGCGCAGCACUGCAGCAGCCCCACGCCCCCACCCGGCCACCCUGCGCUGUCUGCCCCCCGCCCCCGCUCCCCCUUGGCUGGCUGGCUGUGGAUGCGCCUGCGCUCCUCCCUCUUCCCUCCCAACCCCACCCGCGCCCCACCCAACCCCGCGCCGCCUCUCCUCCUUCCCCCACCGUGAGUGCCCUGCACGUGCUGCCUCCUCCGCCAUACCUCCGGCCGCCGCCAGACCUUCCGGAAGCGAAAGACGCCGCUUUUCCGUCCGGUUCUUCGGUGCUUCCUUUGGCAGCCGAGCGCGAAACGCGUCUCGGGAGCAUGGACCACGGCGGCGGGGGCGGGGCGCCGUCCAGCAGCAACAGUGGCGGGGCGGCCGCCGCUGGCGGCGGCCGCGGGGGCGACCACCACCCGUUCUUCUACGCCGCUGCUGCGGCGUCCAACUCCGGAGUGCCGCAGCAGCAGCAGCAGCAGCCGUCGCCGUUCACGGGCGCGCUCGCUAUCACGCCCGUCCCGGAGCAGCCCCAGCCGUCGCCGGCCGCGGGCGGCGACAAGAAGGCGCUCGUACCGGCAGCCCCCGCGGCGGCGGGGCCCGUGGUGGCCAAGCGGCCGUCCAAAGACCGGCACACAAAGGUGGACGGGCGGGGCCGGCGGAUUCGGAUGCCGGCGCUGUGCGCGGCGCGGGUGUUCCAGCUGACCCGCGAGCUCGGGCACAAGUCCGACGGCGAGACCAUCGAGUGGCUGCUGCAGCAGGCGGAGCCGGCCAUCCUGGCGGCCACCGGCACCGGCACCAUCCCGGCCAACUACUCCUCGCUGAACAUCUCCGUCCGCUCCGGCGCCGCCACCCCGGCCCGCGCCGCCGCGCCGUUCCCGGCGCUCGCGCUCCACCCGCACCACCACCAGCCGGGCCCCGCGCAGCAGCACGACGUGUCCGCCAUGAUGGCGGGGUACCACCACCACCACCACCUCCUCCCGUCCCCUCAGCAGCAGGACCCCAGCGCCGGCGGCGACGCCUACACGCGGAAGCGCUACCGCGAGGACUUGUUCAAGGAGGACGACGACCGCCAAGACCCUCGCGCGCCCAAGGCGCGCGAGCAGCAGCAGGCGGCUACGGCGCCGCCUUCCGCGGCAAUGUGGGCCGUGGCACCCAACGCCGCGGCCCCGUCCGGCGGGUUCUGGAUGCUGCCCGUGUCCGCGAGCUCGGCCGAGCAACCCAUGUGUACAUGGCCCUUCAGCGGCGGCGGCACGGGCACCGUGCAGGCGCCUCUGCAGUUCAUGUCCAGGGCCAGCUACCCCAGCGGUGCUGCAGGAGGAGCCAUAUCGGACACCAACCUUGGCAUGCUCGCCGCGCUGAACGCGUACAACCGCGGCGGCAGCGAGGAGCAGCAGCCCGAGGGGGAGCAGCAGCACGGCGGGGGCAACAUGCUCGCCGCGCUGAACGCGUACAACCGCGGCGGCAGCGAGGAGCAGCAGCCCGAGGGGGAGCAGCCGCACGGCGGGGGCAACGACGACGACGACGAGGACGGCGACGACAGCGCCGAAGAGAACAACGGCAACGACAGCUCACAGUAAGCUCGCAAGACGAUGAUGAGCACUGAGUGAGCAGGGAAUCCAGCCGCCACCAUGAUCGCGUCUUUCCGGUAGCAAAGCCACCCGCAUCGGACAGGUGUUGAGAGCAAAGAGUUGUGGUCCUGUUCGCCGGAGGAUCGCCCCGCGCUGCGCUGUCGCCGGAUUGGGGUUACGAUGAUUGGACGGAGGAAACGGCGUGCUAGCUUUUCCGCAGGAAGCAAGCAAAGCCAAGCCAAGCGAAUGCAGGAGCGAAACUUCUUGCUAGUUCACUAGUGUUCUUUUUUUUUUUGUUUGUUUGUUUUUGAAUUCGUUUCUGCUGAUUUUUUGUUGGAUUGUUGUAUGAAUGAUUGCGCUGUUGUGACGGGUGAUUAGUGGGUCCGGAUUAGGAGGAGCCCAAGGAAGGACAGGAGCCUGAGUUCGACAGGGAUCUGUGUGUACAGCUGAUGGACCGUCUGAGUUUUUUUUUGUUGGCUUCGUUGUUGAUUCCAUUCCAGUUUUUUGCUGGCGAAUUGUUACUAACAGUGCAAGAAUGUCCUUCCAUUCAA